AUGGCUCUUUCUGGUGCACAAAGAGCUCAACGUUGUCGAGAGAAAAAGAAUAAGAAUGCAGAAUUGAGCGAGAUUAUGAAGCAAAAAGAUCGAAAACGGAAACGAUUAGCACGUUUAAAAAUGACUUUAUCUGAAAUGACAGCACUACGACUACGUCAAAAAAUCAAUCUGCAAAAGUUUCGCGCAAAGAAACAGAACGCUUCUGAUUGCUCAACAGUACAAGCAUCAUCCUUUUCAACGAAGCAAACAAAAUCGAAAGCAUUGAAAAAGAUUAUGAACGUAUUACCUGUAAAUAAAAAAAGACAAAUUGAAUUAAUUACAAAAGUUGCUGAAGACUUAAAAAUUCUCAAAAUACAAAAGAAACAAGAACGUGAUUAUCAAGCCUUACCAACAACAGUAAAGAAUAAAGUUUAUGAAUUUUAUCGUCGGGAUGACAUAAGCUAUCAAGCACCGGGAAAAAGAGAUUCAAUUACAAUUAAAGAAAACGGUCUUAGAAAAAAAAUGCAAAAAAAGUAUUUAUUAUUUACACUACGUGAAUUGUAUGAAUUAUUCAUCCAAGAAAAUCCAAACGCAAUAAUCAGCUUAUCAAGUUUUCAAGAUUUAAGACCUGAUUACAUUUUAUAUAAAUCAUCAAUUCCACACAAUAUGUGUAUAUGUAAUUACCAUGAAAAUAUAGCAUUGCUUAUAAAGUCAUUAAACAAACAUGUACAAGGAUUGGAUACAAUUGAUUUAAAUUCAUUCUUAAAAUUGAUUGUUUGCAAUGAUCAAAAUCAGAACUGUAUGUUCAGUAAUUGUAGUAUUUGUGUUGAUAAGUUUAAAAAUGAAAUCGAAAAUAAAAUAAUUAACCCAACAUCAUUAAUCAAAUGGGCAUUGUGGUCGACAUCACAGCAAGGAAGAGCUGUGAAAGUUGAUUAUGAAGGACCGGUUGUGGAAUGCGUCAAAAUUUUAUCUAACAAAGUCGAACAAUUUUUAUUUCAUGUUUUUAUAAAAAGGCAACAGUCAUCAUUUUUCGAAACGAUUAAAUCUAAUACUACUAAUAAAAAAAUGUCUUAUUCAAGUUGA